AUGAGUAAUCUUAGUACAAAAGCUCUUCGUGUAACUGUACCACAUGCUUUACGAUCAAAAUUAACUGUUGGUGGUCAAUCAGAACGACAUGAAAAAAUCAAAUCUAUUUUAGGAGAAUUAUUUCGACAUGAAAGAAUAGAAGGAUACAUUCGUACACAUGAUGAAACAAGACAAUAUGCAGAACGUUUGAUUGAAUUAGCGAAAAAAUAUGGUGAUCGACAUGUUGGCACAAUGCAACUUAUGGACUAUUGGAUUGCUGAUAAAGAUUUAAUUCAUAAAGUAUUUAAAGUAUUUGUACCUCGAUAUGCUAAUACACUUGGUCCAUAUACAAAUGCUCAUCGUCUACCGAUUGAAUAUGGUAAACAUGAACAUAUUUUUAAACAACGUCAAAAUAUUGUUCUUGAAAUGAAAAAUAAUCCAUAUCCACGUAUAAUACCUGAUCCAAGAAAUUAUUCAAACAUUUUAACAAAUGUACUUCUUAAUGAAGCUCGAAAAGAGUAUCGAAAUGAAAAAAAACUAUCUGAAAAAACAGAUAUUUAG